ACGACUAAAUAAAAGGACACUGUCUUGGGACAAGGGUGGGAAAUAAAGUGUUGUUGACGUGUCUGUGCGCCAAUAGGACGCCGGGGAUGAUUCCCACGCUGGCACAAUUGGCUUAGAAUAAAGACCACUGCGUCCGAGAAGUUGCAGCGAUGAUUGGGUGUAGGAUUGUGCAUUGAAAAUAACCAGGCAGGAGCUGCAUGUUUGAUAGCAGCCAGCUGAGACUGAGGGGCGUGCGAUGCAGCAGGAUGGUGGUUUCCUGCAGUGUUUGUGUGCCGGAUUAGCCGCUACUUAGCUCCGUGUGUGUGUUGUAGAAGCAGGGCGCAUCGAGCCUCCAGCCAGCCGCGCCAGGUGGAUGCGCCUGCAGUGAUCCAGGUCGUCCCUAUGGAUCGCGUCCAUGGAUGUCUUCAAACCUGCUUUGGACAGUAGUAGUCCUAAGGCGUGCGUUUCUUCAACGGAAGAAGCAGAGGAAGAUGUUUUUCGCUGGCCCACACCGGCGAAUGGCAUUAGCGCCGCGCCGGAUACGGGACCAGCCGCGCCGGGCUUCUGGACGGCCGUGUUCGACUAUGAAGCGACUGCGGACGACGAGCUCAGCCUUCGGAAGGGGGAUCUGGUGGAAGUCCUGUCCAAGGACUCCCUGGUGUCAGGAGAUGAAGGAUGGUGGACCGGUAUGAUAGCAGACCGGGUUGGCAUCUUCCCUUCUAAUUAUGUCAGCAAAGGCACCGGCAUACCGGAGGAAAUACGGGCCACCUCAGAGCAGCAGUACCCCGUGCCUCCUUUGCACCUUCUUGAGAUUGAUUUCUCAGAGCUCACCUUGGAAGAAAUUAUCGGGGUUGGUGGUUUUGGAAAAGUCUACCGUGCAAUGUGGCAGGGCGCAGAGGUGGCAGUGAAGGCAGCACGACGGGACCCCGAUGAGGAUUUGGAGCAGACAAUGGAGAGCGUUCGUCAGGAGGCCAAGCUCUUUGCCAUGCUCAGCCAUCCCAACAUUAUGGGUUUGCUGGGAGUGUGUCUGCAGGAGCCUAACCUGUGCCUGAUAAUGGAGUAUGCCCGAGGAGGCCCUCUCAACCGGGCUCUAGCUGGGAAACGCAUCCCUCCAUGUACUCUGGUUGACUGGGCUGUGCAGAUUGCCCGAGGCAUGCACUACCUCCACUGCCAGGCUAUUGUCCCCAUUAUUCACCGGGAUCUCAAGUCCAGCAACAUCCUUAUCCUUGAGAGGGUUGAGAUGGAAGAUCUCAGCAACAAGACUCUGAAGAUCACAGACUUUGGACUGGCUCGAGAGUGGCACCGCACAACCAAGAUGAGCGCUGCCGGCACCUACGCCUGGAUGGCUCCUGAAGUCAUCCGCUCAUCUACAUUCUCCAAGGGUAGCGACGUUUGGAGUUAUGGUGUGCUGUUGUGGGAGCUGCUGACUGGAGAAGUCCCAUUUCGUGGUAUCGAUGGUCUGGCAGUAGCUUAUGGAGUGGCGAUGAACAAAAUGGCCUUGCCAAUCCCGUCUACCUGUCCUGAGCCCUUUGCACGUCUUAUGGAGGACUGCUGGAGCCCAGACCCUCACUCUCGGCCACAGUUCACAGCUAUCCUAGACCAGCUGACGGCCAUUGAGGAGUCAGGCUUUUUUGAAAUGCCAGCAGAAUCCUUCCACUCUCUCCAAGAUGACUGGAAACUGGAGAUCCAGGAAAUGUUUGAUCAGCUGAGGACCAAGGAAAAGGAGCUGCGAUCGUGGGAGGAGGAGCUGACCCGAGCGGCACUGCAGCAGAAGUAUCAGGAGGAGGCGUUGAGGAGGCGGGAGCAGGAACUAGCUGAACGUGAGAUCCACAUCCUGGAGCGAGAGCUCAAUAUCAUCAUUCACCAGCUCUACCAGGAAAAACCUCACGUGGAGAGCAGGCAGGGCAAGUUCCGCCGCAACCGCCUUAAACUCAAGGAUGGGAACAGGAUCAGCUUGCCUUCAGAUUUUCAGCACAAAAUCACUGUGCAGGCAUCUCCUUCCCAUGAUCGACGGAGGAGUUUGCUUAGCAGCGGUUCCAGCCCUCCCACUAGUCCACCGAUGUUGCCUCGCCUGAGAGCCAUCCAGCUCACGCCGGGGGAAGGUUGUACAGGUUGGGGUCGCAACACUUGUUUUCAACCUGAUGAGGAGGAAAGUGAGAGGAAGGGGUCAAGAAAGAAGGGCAGAACUCGUGGAUGUGGCCCAUACAGAGAACAUAGCGCUGAUGCAAGUGUGAAGCCUCCCCAUGAGGGCAGCCGACAACGAUCCUGCAGUGCCCCAAACCUCCGCAGAUCCCCUAGACACAGCCCAGCAGUGCCUGGAGUGCCAAGCCUUGUGGAGAUGGAAAAUGAAGACUGCUGCUUCACUACUGAACCAGGAGCAGCUCCUGGUCAGUCCUACCUCUGCAUUCCCUUCCAUAAGGAGACCCACACUGCUGCUGCCGCUGCUGAUGGUGAUGGAGAUGAGUACUGCCUCAGCAGUCAGGUGCCAGGAACACCACCAUGCAGGAAGAGCCCAGGUGGAAGCAGACGCUCUGAACUGGUUUUGCUGGGCUGCGGGGCUCUGCUUGCAGCCGUCGGGCUGGGCUACAACUUGCUAACGUUGGCCCAACCGGAAGAGCAUAUCAAACCACGCUGGGAGGGCUUUUUCCAUAGAACGGGGAGCCAGAGGCGAAGCACAAGCCCCCCGACGCGCAGACUAUUCCGGCGGGAAAGCCCGCUCAAACCGUCGGCACCCUCACUACCUGAACGAGGCUUACCCUCCUCAUACACACUGCUGUCUUUAUCAUCAGUGUCUGACUGCAACUCCACUCGCUCGCUGUUGCGCUCUGACAGCGAGGAGCUGUUGGUCUGCCGCCCUGCCUCACCGCCCACACAGCCUCCUCUUCCCUCUCAUGUCUCACAGCAUCAAGCCAUCCAAACUCCAAUCAACCCACUGGUCAACACACACCUUGAGAGCUUCAAGCGCAACCCACGCCAGUCGCUCACACCCACACAUGUUCCCUGCACCACAAGUUCCUCACGCAGCCUCCGUCGAACACCAUCAGACGGAGCCAUCAAGAAGAGCUGCCCACCUAAUAAUCUGGAGCCAUUACCGGAAAAAACAGCAUUAGAAAACACAGGUGGCUUCAGAGUUUUAAAAGAAGACUGUUCAGAGGUCCCUCGGCUGCCCGAUCCAAAUGUUGUCUUCCCACCAACACCUCGCCGUCGCUGUCCUCCCGAACGCCCCAAAACCUUGGACUUUGUGGCACGACCUCGACCUUCACCACGAGCGCGCUCCGAAGUGUUUUGGGCAGAAGCGAGGCCCAGGGGAAACGGACAGACCCUAGGUAACGGCGACUCCCCUGCCCACACCUCAAGCACAGAGACUCCACCCACCGUAGAGUUCGGGAGAGACUCAGCAGUGCUACCCACACCCAUGGAGGCCCCAACACCGUACUCCCCACGCCGGAAUGAAAAUUUGUUGGAUCAGCUGGAUGAGGGACAGUAUCGGGAUGGAACAGUCCCGCUCUGCAGACCGGAGACGAGUGUUCCUAAAGACUCACCUUACCGCUACAAACCAGGAUUCUGGUCAUAACCCACCCUGACCCUCAUUGGCCCUACACAACAUGGAGACUCUACGUGCUGUUAGCUUUUGGAUGACCACAAAUUUGGGUCAGUUAGCAAUCUGGAAUUUAUUCACCUUUCUCCAUCUACACAGUGGUCGUAAAUGCUAGGAAGAUAUUUACUGUGAAAACACUCCCUUUCUGGCAUUUGUUGCAGCAAAUCUUUAAAUCUUGCAUCCAAAACUGCUCAAACAAAAAAAUAAAAGAAUUUUAAAAUAUUAUCUGACCCAAGCCUGCUUGAUUAUUCAUUAGACGAAAGAGAUUUCAUGUGUCAUUUAUUUUUUUCUUUCAGACUAAAGUCAUUAAUGGCUUUCACUUACAUAAAGCUUUGCAUACUUGUCUUGAUUUUAUGCUUGAGUUAAAGAUUGUGCAUUUAAUAAAGUGCACUUUUGAAAAGCAUCAUGAAUGUAAAGCAUCAGGUUUUCCCACUGUCAAAAACCUCUGGCUCUGCUUGUCUGUAAAAGCAUUGUGUUAUGUGAAAUCCUCUGUACAUGUAUAUCACCCACUCCUGUUCUCAUGGCAGAUGGAUUCCUGUUUUGCACCUGUUGUCACCAGUCACUUCUACUAUCCCAGUGAUGGGGGAUGUUCUAGUAUAAUAUGUGCACUUCUUUGUAUUAGCAACCUACAGUCUAGAAACGGUCUCCGUAAACUAAUGUCUGACGUCGUCUCGAGCUCUGUAUGGUGACCAUAAAGAAGAAUGUCACUACCGCUUGGGUUCAAAAGAGAGACCAUUCCCUUUCCUGUCUACUAUUUGGUGUAAUCCUGCAAGAGCAGCCAGAAGAGAAACAUUUCUCCAAACUAAAAAGGGAACUUUGUGUUUGUAACUAUGUAAAUUGUCUGCCUCAUAAAUUGUUGAUAGAUGAUGUAAUGAGGGAUACAAAGUGGCAUUUAGGUUAUGUGAGCCUCAGUGAUGAAAGACUUCACUUUCAAGCAGGCCCUGGUGGCGUGUGGAAGUUUAGCCUGGGUUAUUUUUAUAUUUGCGUUUAUUUCAUUGUAUUUAUUAAGUAAUUUAUCUGAUGAUUUAUUUUUAUAUCAUUUGUUUUAUUUGCCUUGUGGGUUUUCGACACUUAUUAAUAAUUUCCAUAAAUUUUUUUUAGUGUUUUCAGCAUCUGUGCGAAUAAACAUUCGGUCUGUUCUGAUGUUGCACUAUUCAACAGAUUUCAUGACCACAGCUACAUAUCAAAAUUUUAAUUUGAUGACAAUUUUUAGUCAUUUUAUUAAAUAAAAAAUAACAAGUUAGCAGCUUUGAAAUAAAUAGGUGCUAAAUGCAUUUAAACUGGGAUUUUCCUCACUGGAGUGAGGUAAAUAAUGUGUUUUCAGAUUCUAUUUGUUUUAAUUUCCUGGACAGAGCAGUUUAUAACAAAAUAAAAGAUAUUUAGGCAGUGAUUUACUGUGCCUCUGCCAGAGAUUAAUCCUGUUAAUUAACUGUAAAUCCACCACAUUAAAAUAGAGCAACAAUUAUGUGAAAAAAAUGAACAGAAAUAUUCUCUGACUUCAGUCUCAAUGCCUGAUUCUCUCAUUUUAUUUCCAAAUGUUAAGUGGCCUCUUAUAUUUCAGCUGUCUUUAUUCUAAGUGUGACCCGAUGUACUUGUGUAUGUGAAUGCUUUUUCAGAAUGUGCUCAUGCUCAAUGUAGAAACACGGUAUUUCAACUAUGGGCAGUAGUUGAAACAAACUUAAGGUGUCAUGUCUGAAACGUUACCACGAAUAAGCUGAACUGUUGCUCAUGCUGGGAACAAUACUGUUA